AUGGAGUUGUGCAAAAUACAAUUUCUGAUAUUUGCUAUCUGGCUUAAUAUAGCAGUUAACAACUAUAUUAUUAUCGCUACUGAUAUUCUUAAGCAGAAAGCAAAGGAUUUUGCUGUUUACUUUGACAUUAAUUAUUUUAUGGAGUCAGCUGGCUAA